AUGCAACAACUACUGAAUGAAAUUGAUCAAGUGAAGAAUGAUGCAGAAGCUAGUAUAAAAGCAUUAGAAAAAAUUGAUACUGAACGUACGAAAGGUAUUGUUGAUCAUGAUCGUUUAUUGCAAGAUCGUAGGCAAAUAUACAAUUUGAAUGAACAUAUAAUCAAUCUUCAAAAACAAAUGGAUGCUAUGACUAAAGAAUCAGAUUCAUCUUGGCCCAUAAAAACAUUUGAUAAAACGAAACAAAAAGCAUUUGAAACUUUAUCAAAUCUUUCAAAACAACUGAAUCAAGUUGAUGAACGACUUGAAAGAGUAAUUAAUUCUAAUGCUCAACCAGUUGCUUCUUUAACUACAACAAUUGACAAUGGAAAUACAAAAGGUAUUGAUAAUCUUGUGAAUAAUCUUCCAUUUAAUCAAAACAAAACAUCAGAAUCAAAUGCUACAGCUACAAUACGCACACCAUCACUAUCAUCCUCAGAUGAUGAAUCAAUAAGUGAUGCAGGUGAAGAUGAGGAUGAAGAAGAAAGUAAAAUAGAUAAUAGAGAUUCUUGGAAAAAUAAAAAACAAGAACCUUUGACUUCAACUCCUUUACUUCAAAAAAUAGCAAUUUCUAGUGAUGAACAUAUAGAUACUGAAGAUGAAAACGAUGAAAUAAAUGAUAAACAUCAAUUCGUAAAUGAACUUCACAAUCAACAACGAAUCUAUGAAAACUCACAAGAUUCUAAUGAAUAUAGUCAAUCACCACAAACAUCAUCAUCAUCAUCUUCAUCAACACCCAGAAAACCUACUACUCCAUUACGAAAAUCAGCUAAUGCAAGUGAAAGUGAUUCAUAUUUUGAAGAAGAUAGUGACCAAGAUAAUGAUGGUGAAUACAGUAGAUCAUCUGAUGAUAGUGAAGAAGAAGAAGAUGAACAUGCCAUCGUUAAUGCAAAUAUACAAGAACUUCGAAUGAGAAAAUAUUUGCCAGGAACACAGUUUCGUGUCCUACAUAAUUUUAAUGCUAUUGAAACUAGCGAUUUAACUCUACAUAAAGAUGAAAUAUUAAUACUUGUUAAACAAGAAGAUGAUGAUUGGUGGUUAUUUAAAAAUCCUCAAACUCAACAAGAAGGUAUGGUACCUAUCAAUCAUAUACAACUUCAAUCUAAAACAUACAAACAAUCAUCGCGUAGUCGAAUACAACCGGUGACAUCGGCAUCAAUACUUGUCGAUGCAUUUAAGACAAAUAAUUAUAUUCCAUCAGGUUUUAUUGCAUCAGAUUUAGCACCAUUAACUCAACAAAAUCAAUAUAAACUAUCUUUUAUGCUUAUACCACAAAUGACAGAAUCUAAUUUUGCAUUUACUGAUCUCUAUUGGCAAGAUGAUACUGAUCAAAUAAGUAUUCAAGAUGUUGAAUAUCAAAAAAUUCUUAAAAUUAAAAAAUGUUUAAAAAUACCAAAAAUUAAAGGUUCACAAAUUCGAGUACUUAGUCGUUGUAUACGUAUAUGUCUAUAUGAUGGUUUUACAAUAAUCUCUAAUAUACAUUCAACUCGAGGACGAUUAUCUGGUAAAAGUAAUGCAAAUGAUUUAACUGAAGAUUGGUAUUUUGCACCGAAUAAAAAGAAUACAAUUAUUGAUCAACAAUGUCAAUUUCUUAUACGUUCAAAUGAAUAUGAUCGUUCUAAACAUUUAUAUUUACUUAUUGAAUUAUCUCAAUUGUGUCAAUCAAAAAUAAAUGAAGAAAAAUGUGAAAUUGGUUGUGGUUGGAUAAUGAUUUCCAUUGAUAAUAGUGAAAAAAAUAAUUAUAAUAAACGUUUACAUGGAGGACAUUUUUAUGAAACAAAUAUUCUUCUUAAUUCUCAAUAUAAAAAUUUACACUCACAUGGUUUAGCUGGAAAAUUUGAUCGAUAUAAACAAGCACGAAUUCAAUUUUCAUUAGAAUCUCGUGAAGAACAUAAUGAUUUACUUUAUAAUAGUUUACCAUUAAAAUCAAUGAUAGUACCGAUAAAUUUAGUAGAAAUACUUGUUUUUUAUCGAAAUGAACUUGCAUAUCAAUUACAAAAACGUUAUCAUUCAAAUAGUUUUUCAACAGUACCACUUGAUUCAAUAUUUCUUAGUACAUUCUAUCAGACACUUGAACAACCUGAUCUUAUCUAUCUAUUACAACGAUUAUAUCAUCGAAAUAAAAAACUAAGUAAUCAGGAACAAAGAAAAGAGUUUAUAAAUAUAUAUGAAUUAUCGAUUUAUCCACUUUUAUUUUAUCGUUCAUUACCAUUCUAUGAUUUUCAUAAUUUACCAUUAUUACAUCAACGAAAACAACUACUUAUUGAAAUGCUUCAAAAAUUAAAAAAGAAAAAAAAAGAUCAACCAGAUAUUCUUGCAAUAUUACUCGAUCCAAAUUUAACUGAUAAAUGGGCACCAUUUACAACAGAUGAAAUAUGUUUUUCAUUACAAAAAUAUGUUGAUAAUUUAUCGUCUGAAAUCACAAAACAUUGA